AAAAUGUGAUUGUCCUUUUAAACUUAAAGGACGACCUACGGAGGGUGAUAAAAAUUGGUGGCUGAAAGUGUUGGAAGGGGUACACAACCAUGAACCAGCUAGAUCUUUGGUUGGUCAUUCCUAUGCUGGUCGACUAACAGAAGAAGAGAAGGUUCAAGUCGACAGCAUGAAUAACAAUUGGGUCCCACCGAGACACAUGUUGGCCACUUUGAAGGAAAUUAAUCCGAGUAACUUGUCUACCAUCACUCAAGUGUAUAAUCGCAUCAAAAAAGUUAAAUAAUUAGACCGCGGGCCACUUACAGAGAUGCAAUAUUUGCUGAAGAAGUUGGCAGAAGCCAACUAUGUUCACUUUGAAAGACAUGAAGAAGAUUCGGGUGUCAUUAUGGAACUUUUCUGGGCUCAUCCUAAUGCUAUUAAACUCUUCAACACAUUCCCUCACGUGGUAAUCAUGGAUUGCACAUACAAGACAAACAAAUUUCAAAUUCCAUUGCUUGAAAUGGUUGGCCUCACUUCUACUGGUCUGACUUACUCCAUUGCAUUUUGCUACAUGACUCGUGAGCGCACACCUGACUAUGUUUGGGCCUUGGAGUGCAUGAAAUCUCUACUUGCUGACCCUGCCCGAUUACCUGGAGUGAUUGUGACUGAUAGGGAAUUGGCUUUACUCAGUGCUGUUCGGAAUAUUUUUCCUGAGGCUACCCAUUUACUAUGCCUAUUCCACAUAAACAAGAAUGUUGAGGCAAAGUCCAAAUUGUGGGUUGACACAACGGAUUUUAAAGCCUUAGUGAUGCAAAAGUGGAAUGAAGUGGUAUAUGCGGAAACAACUACACAAUUUGAGGAGGAAUGGAGCGACAUGUGUGAUAUGUGUAAGGAUCAUCCAAGGUUCACAUCGUACAUUUAUGACACUUGGUUGGUUCACAAGGAGAAAUUUGUGAAGGCAUGGACAAACAGAGUGAAGCAUUUUGGAACGACAACAAGUAACAGGGCUGAAAGUGCACAUGCAAGCUUGAAGAAGAUGCUUAGGAACGGCAAGGGUAACCUGUGCGAUUCAUGGGAAGCAAUUGAUAGGUUGACCAUUGUACGCCACAAUGCAAUACAAGCAUCGUUUGAGCGCAGUAUUAACAUUGUAGAGCACCGUUUCAAGUCUCCAAUGUAUAAGAAUAUGAGAGGAUUUGUUGCUAAACAUGCACUUCACCUAAUGUAUGAUGAACAAAACAGAUUUUGGGGUCAUGGUGAGAAAUGCGGUUGCGUGAUGAAAGUCACUCAUGGACUACCUUGCGCUUGUGCACUUCAGAGUAUGGCCUCAAUUCCGUAUGCAGCAGUUGAUCCAUUUUGGAAGAUACUUUCUUGGGAACAAGUGCCUGUUGUGGAGAGUCAAACCUCAAAUAGUGGAUGCAUGCCGCUAGAGAUUGAGGCUUUGUGGGCUCAUUUCAAUACCUUGGAUGAUGCGGGCCAAAGUAUGCUGAGAAGGAAGCUUAAAGAGCUUUAUUGUCCUCAAAUCAGUUCAUUGUGUCCUCCUGAAGUGAAGAUAAAGCACAAUCAAUCGUCCAAGGAGAGGAAAACCAAACCUCCCAGAGGUCAAUCAAUAGGAUCCACCCAGCGUGACCUUUCACAUUGGGAACAUGUUGACUAAACUAAAAAACCUAAAAGGGCUAAACUAA